GCCAAAGUACUUAUAAUUUACUUUAUGGAUUCAACAUGUACGAAAACCCUUGCACCAGUACUUAUUUGCAUUAAAAACAAUCGUUGGUUCUCUAUUGAUUUGUGUACAUCCAGUAAUCUACCGUAUCUCAAAUGGACUCUAAUAGCCUGCUUAAAUCACCGGUUCCUCCGGAACACUUGGUCAAACAUGACGCGCCCGAAGUGUUGAUCGAGAAGCCGAAUGUUGCCCGCGCUGGGCUGAAGCACGGGAAGACAGCACCAGCACCCGACGAACCUGUCGACGAGCUCGGUUACUUUCUGCCCGUGCUGCCUAAGUUAGAGCGGCGCGAUAAUUACAAGACCAACAUCGCGGCGGUGGAACCGAUUCUUGACUUAAUAUUGCCACCAAGGGAAUGGGUCGACAACGGAUAUCAGUACACGCAAAAAAUCUCCCGCGUCCCGGCCAGUCGCAUGGACGUCAUCAAUCUUCAGGAGAAAUUGGAUGCCCGCCUGGAACAUCUGCAAGCGCGCGAUAGCGGGAUCUGCCCGAUCCGUCGGGAUUUGUAUUCACAGACCUUCGACGAGUUGAUUCGGGAGAUUACUCUGGAGAGUCCUGAGCGCGGUCUCAUGUUCCUGCGCAUCCGCGAUGAGAUCCGCAUGACCAUGGCGGCAUAUGAGACGCUGUUCGAGCGGGGCGUGGCCUACGGCGUGCGCAAUGCUCUGAUGUUUGAGGAAGGCAAAGGCGACACUGAAGAACAGGUGAAAGAUCUAGAAGAAUCCGAUAUCGAACUGGAGCGGCAAAUCAACGAGUGGAAAUUGAAGUGCGAAUUCCUGGAACGCAAGAACGCCGAACUGUUGGAGCUGGAUGACCGGAAACACCAUGAACUGCUUAAGUGUGAAAAACGCCCGGGAAUUUGGCUAAAGCAAAUUCUGGAUGCUGUCAUGAAUCACAGCCGUGGCGCGGAUUUCAUGGCGGGAGCACCCGCUGUUGACAUCAAAACGGAGCCGAACACCACACUGCUCAGCAGUGAAAAGCACGCCGAAGCAGAUAAACCAUAGAUCCACUUAAAAUGGCACAAAACUGCGUUAUUUCUUGUUAAUACUGUCACAAGUUACAACAACGUCUACGCACGGCAUAAAACUAUUAUCAGUCUGCUGAUAAAAAAGUCACGCUGUAUCUAUGGGCCGUCAAACGAGGCAUCUGGCUGCUGUAUUACUAGGAAGUGAUAAAGCUUUCCUAAAAAAUUGUGAAGAAUAAGACAUUGUUACGAUAACUAAACGUUUUCUCAUUUACCUGGUAUAAUGAUGACCUCGUGUUUGCCGGUCCGCAGACGAAUGGUUUUGACGUUGU